AUGAAUUUAUUUGCAGCUGUACCUACUCCAAUUGCUGAGUGCUGGCACACGCGGCUGCAGCUCGAAUGUCGCGAUCGGUCUGCGCACCGCUGGGCGCCGCUGGGCCUCGUGGCAUUUGGUGAAAGUACUUGGCGCGAGGCCAGUGUCUCCAUUAAACAUCGUUCGAAACCAAUGACGAGCAAGGCGCGGCUGUGGGCCACCAUCAAGACGUGGUGCCUGCCCAAGAUGAUCUGCGAGCUGCACGCCACGCCCUCGAAGGAACGCCUCACGGACGGAGAGCGCUCCCUGCUGGCCCUCAUACGAGACACGAGCUUAAGCGCCACUGCGGAGGUGACGUCGCGUUACCACUUCGCCGCCCACAUGGGCCAGCUGAUCGCCGGCGUGGACGGCACCGGCUGCCACAACUUCUACCCGCAGUGCCCGUUCCCCGGCCCACACGUCAUGAGCAUGAUGAAGCGUGUCAAGAUCCGGUAGCGCGCUCGCGCGCCCUCUGCUGCCGCCAGGCAGCACGCGAGGGAUGCUUCGUCUCAUCAGUUCCUCAGUGGAAAAUUACGAAGUGUAACAGAUUUUUUUAAUCAACCGGUUACAAAAAAAAUGUUUGCCACGUGUCUUCUUUGAAGGUUGAUGUCCUCGUGAUGGAUUGACUGAAGUGUGCGAAUACGAAGAGGUUUGUGGCGGCGUUUGAAAAUAACUUGAUGUGCCAACUGUGGAGUGAUGGACGAAAAGAUAUUUUUCUUUUACGAAAUCGAGAUUCGAGCUGCUUCGAAAUACAGGGUCUGUAGCUCGUAACGUUUGUUUUAAUGUGAUCAAUGGCUCACGAAAAUUAGCCAUAAAAAUUGGCCAACGAAGCGUUAUAUAAUAUUGCUUACUGAUGUGAAAGAUGUUCGAAAGAGAUUUGAUACAGGGUUCAUAUCAAUUACUGAUGUGAAAAGAAAAAGGGGUAUUACUGAGAAAGGUAAACGUUUUCGGCUCUCUAAUAAUUCCGUCUGUCUGCCAUGUCACAGUAACUUAACCGACUCUAAUAAUUUCAUUUUUUUCAAAACCCAAUAUUUUUUUCAUAUUCUACCUACACGUGUUUCUCUUAGCUGAAUUCCUCUCUAACAAGACAUCUAUUGGAUCUUACCCAGUUAUUUACACAGUGAUAUCUGUUUAGUGUGAUAAAUGAUUCUCAGUGUAAUUCACAAAUCAUUCUGUUUACAUGACUACGUUUUUAUAUUUUUCAUGUUUUAAAGGAUUGUAUUGACUUCAUUUGAGGCAAUGAGUGAUCGAAAAAUACUUUUUUCUCUCGAGAAGUUGACGUGUGAUAACGCGGCGUGACAUGCAUUCUAGUACAUUAAAAUUGUCUAGUCUGACUACAUUGGCACUAAGAAUGUACAUUUUAAAUUAAUAACGUUCGUUAAAAACAAGGUAUUAAUAGCUAUCACAUUAUUUUGUUUAGAAAUGACAAAUGUCUGCGUGUAAAAAUGUCAAAUGUUUUCAAAGAAAAAUAACUAUUA